AUGGGGAUUUCAUUUUCUUGUCCGUUCGCCGAACACUCUGACGAGGAAAGUGGUAUGGAAUCUGUGAUUGUAAAAUCCAUAAGUUUUGGAGAUGGGCAAGUGAAAACCCCCGUUCGAUCCGUCAGUUUUAACCGCGCGGACUUGGAACCGACGAUUUCGAAAUCUUUAGGCUCUGGAAAAAUGGCUCUAGAAACAUCAGUUAGCUUUAAAGGGAGCGAGUUUGAGAGGAUGGUCUCGGUUAAGGUUCCUUCUUUGGACAAAGAAAAGAACAUGUCUAUUAAAUCAAUUGACUCAAUUUGGAAAGAGAUAGGGGAUGAAGAUCGGUCCCCGAAACUUGAAAGCCCUGCGGAGUUGAUCGAACCUUCAAUUUCCAAUGCCAUCCCGGACAGAGACAUGGCCGCUCUGAAACUUCAAAAGGUGUAUAAAAGCUUCCGAACCAGAAGGAAAUUAGCAGAUUGUGCAGUUCUCGUAGAGCAGAGCUGGUGGGAGCUCUUAGAUUUCGUUGAACUCAAGAGGAGUUCGAUAUCAUUCUUCGAAAUUGAGAAACAUGAAUCUGCCAUUUCGCGUUGGUCUAGAGCGAGGACCAGAGCAGCCAAGGUUGGAAAAGGUUUAUCAAAGAACGAUAAAGCACAAAAGCUAGCUCUGCAGCACUGGCUUGAGGCGAUUGAUCCAAGGCAUCGAUAUGGACAUAAUCUUCACUUUUAUUACGUUAAAUGGCUUCAUUGUCAGAGUAGAGAACCCUUCUUCUACUGGCUAGAUAUAGGAGAAGGGAAGGAAGUAAAUCUCGAUAAAUGCCCUCGGUCAAAACUUCAACAACAGUGUAUCAAGUAUCUCGGUCCGAGGGAAAGAAUGGCCUACGAGGUUGUUGUGCUGAAUGGGAAAUUCUUCUACAAGAAAUCAGGGGAGUUCGUCCACACCACUUCAGAAGGCAAAGAUGCUAAGUGGAUUUUUGUCCUUAGCACUUCUAAGAUCUUGUAUGUCGGCAAGAAGAAAAAGGGUACAUUUCAGCAUUCGAGCUUUCUGGCCGGAGGAGCCACAACUGCUGCUGGGAGAUUAAGCGUUGAAAAAGGCAUCAUGAAGGCAGUUUGGCCUCACAGUGGACAUUAUCGGCCUACUGAACAGAACUUUAAAGACUUUGUUUCUUUCCUUGAGGAGAACAAUGUGGACCUGAAAGAUGUUCAGAUGAGUCCAGUUGACGAGGAUGAGGAUUCACUUAGCAAGCAACGAAGUAGUCUUCAUGUCAGAAGCAACUCAUCUGAUGAGGACUUGACUGAAAAUCUCAGUGGCUUAGAGACCAAAGAGAUCCAAGAUGCUGAAGAGACCAAUGUUGAAGACUUAACUCAGGAGAUUGCAGAUUCAAUCGGGAAAUCGGCAGCUGCUCCACCAAAACCACAUAUGCCAAAGCGGUUCUGUAGCCUCAGUAAAAAUUUGGUUAAUCUUGAAAUACCAAAGAGAGAUAAAUUGUUCAAGAGAUUGGAUAGUGAGAAUGAAGCUUCUAUUAUUCAUUUAGAGUCCUCCUUGGAUGGUCAUGAAACAGCAGAAGAAGUAGCAUUUCAAACUUCAAAUCAGGAGAACAUGAUUCCAAAUAACUCUUCUGACCAGAACCAUGAAGAGAACGAAAUAGAAGCAAUCCCCGAAGAAUCGAUUCUCAAAAGGAUCAACUCACGCAAAGGAAUGAAUUCAUACCAAUUGGGAAAGCAGUUGUCCUGCAAGUGGACAACUGGAGCAGGACCCCGAAUCGGUUGUGUUAGGGACUAUCCCUCGGAGCUCCAGUUCCGAGCUCUAGAGAAAGUGAACUUGUCUCCUAGAAGCAGCGCUGCGCGUUCUAGAUCGUACUUCUCUCCUCGGAUCAUCAGUGGAUUAAGUCCAAAGGUGUUAACGCCAGCAAACUCUGGAGAUGAAAUGGCAGAAAACUCAUCAUCAAGAAAUAGUAACCAUUCUAUAGCACAGCCGUCCCCGUUGAUAAGAGGAGCCUCGGCAACCAUACUUCGCUAAUCUGUCAGAUUUGACAACAAUUUUCUUGAUUAAUUCAUUUUUUUGUGUGAAUAGAAGAGAUGAUAUAGGAAUUCUUUAUCAUUCUUUUCAGCUGAAAAAUCAUGUACACUA